GAAAAGGAAACGUCACAUCCGGUGACGGUGAGCGUAGGAAUCGCCGAGCGCCAAAGUAAAUGUACUUAUUUGUUGAUUGAUUAAACAGACAACAAAGUUUUCCGAUGUGUACGACUGGAGAAAUUAUCAUCCUCAGUGAUGAUGACGACUGUGAAGACGUAUCACCCAAUGAACUCUCGGUUUUCAUCGUGGAGGUGGAGGAUGUGAAGAAGAGUGAGUGUGCUGUACCUCCCACCGCUCUGGAUGAAGACCUGGUCAUCACCUUCUCCCGCAGCGCUGAGGUCCUUCCUCACGCACGCUACGACUGUCCCAUACAUCCCUUCACGGCUACAGAUUGUGAGGUCUCUGCUCCUGUUCCCAAUAACCACCUCAUAUGUGAUCAGUGCUUCUGCUACAUCUGCGACAAGCUGGCCUCAUCGUGUGUGUGGUGGUGUUACAGCGGUUUGUGUCACUGCAACAGCCACAAGAGGAGUGACUUUUGGAACAACCACCGAAACUGUUCGCUGCUGGGAGGACUGAAGACUUUUAACCUCGCAUUGUCUGAAGUAGACUCUCACCUCCGAAAUGCAGAGACGAUGCUGCAGAGCUUCAGACAGGAGCUCUCCACACUGUUCCUUGUCUUCUUGAAGGGAAGAGUGCUGGAGGAGUGCGGUCCGAGCCAAUCAAGCAAGAAUGGCCGCAUCUUUGAUUACACUCCUGUGUACGAGUAUGUGUUAUCCUUCCUGAACAAAGCAGAUCAACAGGACAGCCGAGCUGCUACCAUCAUGAUGCUAGGAGCCACUGAGGACUUUAUUAGACAUUUUCAAGUCUCAGGGACUUUCCUUUUACAGUCUCCCACUGCUGAUGCUGCUAAAGCCAAACUACUGUUAUUGCAGCGGGUCAUAAUGUCUAUGCAGAGACAGAUGGUGAUGGCUGAUUUCCCGACAGGGUUCAGCAUCAAACUGCAGGAUUUUUACAAGCGGCUGCCUUUCCCCACUGAGCUGAAGAGUGUGAAGAACAGUCUGAAUGUCCGUCCUUGGGAUGAUGUCCUGCUGGUGUCUGUGCUGAAGGGGCAGAACGUGUCGGGUUCCCGCAAAGACAAAGGCAAGAAGGACUUCCUAGUUGAACUGAUUUCUGUCGUUCUACUGAGAACAGAACUACUACAGCGACAGCACAGAUACAAAGAAUUGUGCCGCUACCUACGCGUUGUCGAGACGGACAAUCCCUUACUCUUCCACCAGGUGCAGGACCUCAUCCCGUUCUUCACGUGCAUGAUGGGGGACUUGCCGUCCGCUCUGAACAGUUUGCUCCCCGCAGUGAACGCCCCCGCCUCCCGCUUCACGCCACAACUAUUCCUCUUCUAUCUCUGCGUCUUUAAAAAGGCAACAGCACCAAAGCUGGUGGUCCUUCAGUCAUCAGAGCUCUCCUCCUCUGAUGCAGCGUGGGAGCCGAUUAACGAUGCUGUGCCGCUGACUCAUGUCACUCUGGUCAGGUUUGCUCUCAGGGUUCAUCGAUACUGCCCUGCUGUCUACGCUGAUCCUCAGUGUUGGACCAGUUUAAUCAAAGUCGCUAACACGCCCAAAGCUCAGCAAGGACCGAGCCCAAAGUUUCUUCUCGAAGCGAUGGUUUUUGUGCGGUCAAUCCUUGAGGACGAGUACGGGUCAAACAUACAGAUCCCACGAUUCUUUACGGAGGAGUACCCAGAUCAGGCCUUGUUGCUGUUGGUAACGGGAGCUUUGUGUUUGAGAAUCCUCGAUGCUCCUCUGAAUCCGACCUACCUGGUGCUCAACACGUUUAAGGAGAACGUGUGGGCUCUCGGCUGGCUGUGGAGCACUUUGUCCUCCAGCCCCGAACGCUUCAACUCCUUCCUGCAGGAGUUCUCCGAGGAGACGGAAAACAUGACAGGCUUAUCCUCCCAUCACUGGUUCCAUUUGCGCAUAGAUCAACCAGACUGCUGAUUCCUCGCUGAUGUUUCUGUCAAACACAAACUCCCGGUGCCUGGUCCUCGGCACAGUGGUGAGGGAGGAGCCACAGGGAAAUGUGUCUGAAGUUUUAUACAGACGCUACCAUGUACCUGACGAAGAGACUUAUAACAGAUUCUCAGUGUUAUUCAGCAUUAAUACGACUUAAGACACUUUAUGUUGACUACUUUGGAUCAGAGUUCCGUUUGCUGAAUGGUUUUCAAUUUAAUUCUGCACUACAGGAUUUUUUUUCUUUCGAGUGAUGCUUAUUUUUAUGACUUUGUGGAACUACUCAUAUAUAUUCAUUUGUUUCAAAUGCCCCAAAGAGGUCAUCAUGUUAUGUUGGAAAAUAAAUGGAAAAUAUGA